AUGGUGGACAAGGAUAAAUGGGCUCUUGCUUAUGAUGAAGGGGGGAAGCGGUACGGUAUCAUGACCACGAACAAUGCUGAGUCAUUAAAUAAUAUUUUUAGGGGUAUUCGGUCAAGACCUGUUGCAGGCAUUGUAGAGUACUCCUUCGAGAAGUUGAACGAGUACUUCGUCGAUAGAUGGGGUAAAUGCAGGAGUUUGUUGGAUAAGGGUGGACAAUGGGGACUAAUAGCGGAGGAACACCUGAAGGAUGCUGAGGAUAGAUCGGUGAACCAGCUUGCAGCGCCUUACGGCCCUGCAAGAAUGAUUUAUAGUGUUAGAGGUGCAGUUUUGAUUCAUCAUUGCAGGAUGGCGCACCCCACGUUCCCCCUACUGGAGACGUUCUACGACUCCAAGCACCGAGCACACGUCCUAGUUGACCGUGCCGAGGUGUUGGCGCCCCUCCGCGCACGUACCCACUCCCCCCUUCGGUGGGAUGAGUGGUAUGUGCCAUUCCUUCGCCGGGCUGGGAUGCUUCCUCUUGCUCGAGUGGUGUGUGCGGGCCUCCCAGUGAUGGAUGCGCCUCUGCUAACUACUUUUGUGGACCGUUGGAGGCCGGAGACACAUUCUUUUCAUUUACCUUGCGGGGAGGUCACCAUCACCUUGCAAGAUGUGGCGAUGAUUCUUGGGCUGCCUUUAGAGGGAAUAGCAGUGACCGGCAUUAUACAUAAUGAUGGCUGGAGAGAUAUGGUAGAAGCACUGAUUGGGAUUCGGCCUCCAGAACCACCUGAGGGGGUCAAGGACAGGAAGACCUCAGGGGUUAGCUCGGCUUGGUUGAGGCAGAAUUUUAACCAUUGUCCUCAAGGAGCACCGCAGGGGGUUGUAGAGCGGUAUGCUCGCGUAUGGUUGUGGCACUUGUUUGGGGGUUUUCUGUUUCCUGAUGGUUCGGGAAACACGAUUUCAUGGAUGAUACUUCCAAUUGUGGGCCAGCAGUGGGAGAACAUUGCUCAGUAUAGUUGGGGGUCGGCAACUUUAGCUUGGAUGUACCGGCAGCUUUGUGACACAUGUCGGCGGAUUGCUCAUGAUUCAAACCUAGGAGGUUGUGCAUACCUCCUGCAAAUCUGGAUUUGGGAGCGCUUUCCAGUAGGCCGGCCGUACCGAGGUGAACUUGAGCCGUGGCCACACCAUGAUGAGGAGUCCAGGCCCACUGUUGCUUACUACUGGAAGAACGUGGGAGCUGUAAGAGGGGAUCCUGCACGCCGCUACAUGCGUUACAUGGACGACCUUGACUGCCUCACUCAAAAUCUGGUUAUAACCUUCAUAUCGUUCGGUAAAUAA